AUGCCCUUAACAGUCGAUAUUGCCGAGUUCAAUUGUGGCCCUCAGAACAACGAAUCCUUCCGUCGGCUAGCCUUCUCCUUCCAUCAAAGCCUUCUAAAUUUGGCCUCAACACUAGUUGUACUAGAGUUCAACAUGUUCGACGGAGUACGACAUUAUUCGAGUCAGAAUCUGGGGAUUUCAUUCGAAAGGCUACACGAGAAUCGGCAGCUCUACAAUUCACCUCAGAAUCGGUCGACGAUCAGAGAUCCACGAUAUAUGGUGGUGGAGUUGAAGAUGUUCAUUGGAGUGGUGUUGAACGCGUUGAGACGAGGUUCGGAACGUCACGUUUUGUGGCUCAAGUUUGUGGUCAAUUGUCUACCAUACUUGGAUAGGUAAGGAUUACUAUAUUUUGAUAUGGCAGAGUUCAAUUAAAUUUUGAUCGAUAAUUUAUGGUUUUUUGGCUUUAACAUUGCAUCUUCAAUAAUUUUGCUUUCAGAACCUUGCCAACCUUCUGCGUCCACGUUGUAGAUCAACUUUGUCGCAAUAUCUAUGCCUGUGUCUCAUCAAACUUUGCCGGAUUGACAACAAACUCCUUAUCAAACUCGACCGAUGGCAGUUACGAAGCCUUGGUCAGCGAACCAACAACCCCCAUCAAGACCUUUGAAGAUUUCCGAUUCCCCAAAACCGACGUCUUCUCAGCGUUGGGUGCGAUACAGUCUCAAAACUACCCAUCCGGAUACUGUAUUGGACUCUUAAAGACCCUAACAUCUAUUUUACAUUACGGUAUCAUUGAUGCCAGUCCAGCUUCGACCCCGUUCUUAUUGUUGAGGGCUAGCUUCAGCAACUUUUCGGCAGCAUCGUACUCACAUUCAACAGCAUACGGUAGAGAUAGUACGGUAUCGACUAACUCGUCAUCAUCAAAUAACAUGAGCAGUAUGGUUGGAAGUGCCAUAUCAGCCAUACCUGGAAUCAAUUUCUUGGGAAAGGUGUUUACAUCGAGUGAUAGUGGGAAUGUAAGUUGUGGUAGGGGGAGCAAGUAAUAUUUUAGGUAACAAAAUAAUUUUUUUAAAUUUAGUGAUAAAAAUGAAAAUUUUAGGUAAUACUUAAGUUUACAUUUUUAGACUCACACAAGUGCAUUGAGUGCCAAACUAGAAUCUAAAUCCUACGAACCCUACAAGAUAGCUAAGAAAGAGCUGACUAAAACCUUCCCAGCUGUCCUAGCCAUCCUCAGCGACGUCUGGUACUUCACCUCUCAUGGCGUUCAACCACGAACUCCAAUCGGCAACAGCAGCACUAUUUGUGGCCACAUCCUCGGGCUUGUCGGCCCAAUGGCCAAGUCCCAACCCCAAGUCCUUCUCCACUCGGCCGCUUUGGUAUGGCAAACUCGAGGCAUCCCCUUAUCAAUGAAAAAGGCUCAAGAUCACCCUAGCUUCGACUACACCCAUCAUCAGAAGUCGUUGUCUGAGCUGAUGUUGAAGGUAUUCUCUUUUGCUGAAAUGGUCAACUCAACACUGGAUUUGCUGAAGGAUACGGCCGGUAAAACCCCAUCAACGUCGAACACAACAACUACUAUAACAUCAAAGAAUCAGGAGAAAACGGUGGCUACAAACCCGAAUGAAGUACCAUUGUUGGAGCUACUCCACUGCACGAUGAAUAUCAUUGCGACGAGUGAGCUGAGACAGACUUGGGCCGCUUUAAAUGUACUUUUUAAUGAAACGAAUCCGAUCAAUAUGAGUCCGAGAGGCGUUUUCUUGAUCUUUACGUAAGUUUUCUUGAAGUUUGAGCAAUGUUUAGGUAGUUAUUGGUUUGAAAUUGGAUUUUUUGAAUUACAAAUGGAUUAUAUGAUACAAAUAAUAGUAUAUAUGAAUUAAAAAUCUUGUAAAAACGAUUCAAGCACAUCAAAUAAUUUAAAGAAGCAAAGUGAUGAUCAUCGAUUUACUUUUUCCGAUCGGUAGGACUAUUGUAGUGUUGAGCUUCUUUGGGGCUCUUGACACUCUUCUUGUCUCUGACUAAGUUUCCAUCUUCGUCCAACAUUAAUUUAGUGUUGUGGACCUGGUAGAAGUAUUUGAUUAAAGCAUCUUGGAACACGGUGUCGGGGUUCAUUCUUUAACUGGAACAGCAUAUUGAGAAAAUGUAAAAUACGGCACUUAGAAGACAUUAGGUAUUUAUUAUAAACAAAUUUCUUGUUUACUAUGACGAGAGUUGCUUAUACAGAUGGUUCACUAUAUAGAGAGACCACUGUACGUACAGUGGAACGCUCUAACGAAGUGUUCCGGGAUUUCAAACUUGUUUGUUAUAAAUUAUUUUAGAUAUAGAGGAGUUUUUAAAACUAAAGACUAAAUAAAAAAAAUAGUUGAAAUGUAUAACGAAUUGCCAUAUAUCGAAAUUUAUGUAUAAACAGUAUAAUUUUAUUUUCUAACUGACACAACACAGUGGCUUCCCUCCUCUAUACCGAAACUCCUUCAUAACGAACAAAUUUUAAAUUCUCGGACAAUUUGUUGAACAGGAGUUUAACUGCAUAAAAAGUGUGAAAAUGUUUAAAAACUUACUAGACGAUGUUAAGGUGAAGGUACGAGUCGUAAAUGAUGGAUAAGAGCUGUUAAAAUGAGAAAAAUCGUUUAUAACAUAAUAGUUUUGAUAUACAACGCGCGACAUUUAGUUUUUGCUUUUUUUUUUGGUUUUACAUUUGGCUUGUGUUUUCAAAAGGUAUCGGGUCAAACAUAGAAGAAGAAAUAAUAUAUAGGCAAAAGAAAGGAUAAUAUAAUUUAAAAAAUAGUGUAUGGCAAAGACAAUGCAAGAAAGCAUGUUUAUAUACAACAGAAAAGACAUUUCUGUGAACUUUUUGACCAAGAUAUAGCUUGAAAGUAACACUUUGAUACCUAAAAAUGAGCACUACUACUUGUAAGGUUAAAAAGUUUAUAGAAAAAUUGAGUAAAAAGCGUUAGUUUUAAGGUAAAAAAGCUGUUCUAUAGACUUUUUGACCUCAAAAUCUUUUUUUUAAUAUCAGUUUCUUGAUGAAGGCUAAGUUAACAUUACAUUCUUUCAGAAUCCUGAGCGAUUUUGUAAAGUUGUGUGGAUCUCAAGUCGUCAUCGAAGACCGGUCGAUAAGCAGAGGAUGUCAAGAAGCCUGUCAACGAAUAAUCGAAGCAUUGAAUUUGAUCGUGGGUUGGCAAUUGGAAUCGACCACUUGGCUGAAGAGGACAUUGGUCGUGAAACAAGACACUUCUAGUAAGUUUUGUCAUAGUUUUUAUACAUUUUGGGAUGUAAUUUGUCAUAGGUUAAGUUGAAAAGGUCUUGUUAAACAUUACUAGGGCUAUUUAGUAAUGUUUGACAGAUUUUUUAAUGUAAAAUCUUGUAUUUUAGUUACCUCAAAGAUUUUAUGUUGUUUUAGGUAAUAUUUGUUCGAAAUUGAUCUUGUUUUACGUAUAUCAGAUAUUUUUUGGGUUAUAAAGCCAAACUGUUUUGUUUUUAGGUAUAAAUUUUGAGUUUUUACGCUUUUUUAGGUACAUUUUUUGUUUUUUAGGUAAUAGUGAUUAGAUUUGACAUGAUGUUUUUUGACUUUUAAGGUUUUCUUGUUUCUUUUCCGACCAUAUUUUACUGAGAAUUGACCUUAUUUUAGAUAGAGAUUUGAUUUUUUAGGUAAUGAAUAUGAAAAGUCUCACCUUUUUAUAGAUUAAAAUUAUAAUUUAUAGAUUUUUUUCUUUAUUAUGUGCAUGUCUCAGUUAAAAUUGGGCUUGUUUAUUAUUAAAAAUGUUAUUUUUUGCAAUUUUUAGGCAAAGAAAACAAAAAAAAUUUACCUUGUUUUAGGUUAAAAUGGUGAUUUUUUGACUUUUUCUUAGUAUCUCAGCUCCAUAUUUUGCCUAAAGUUCUUAUUAUAUUUGAUUUUUGUGACUUUUUUAAUUGUUUUGGGCUGAUAGCAUACUUAAAACUUAUUUUAUUUUAGACCAAAAGCUAUCAGAUGUUUCCCCAACCCUCGAGUUCAAGAACACUGGCUCAAUGUCGGAGAACAACUCGAUCAAAGGCUCAACCAACUCACUAGCCCCAAGACAAUCAAAUCAGCCUUCAAUCGACUCUAAUUCUCAAUUGGCUGGAUCUGUUGCUCAGCUCUCAACGAUGACAUUCGAAUCCAAAAAGUCAUCGAGCUCGUUGAUAAGGUCGUCACUGAAGGAUGGAAACAACAACAAAAAGGACCCCACCAACAGUACACAGGCACUCUUCUUGUUGGCUGAGGUGGGUUUUGAAGGGAAUUUAUGCUUAGGGGUUGCUUUUUUGGAAAUUUGUAUAGGGGGUGUUUUUUGGAAAAUUUUUCUUAAGGGGUGUUUUUCUGCAAAAAAAUUUUUAAGGGACUUGUACUUUCAGAACCUAGCCGAACUGAUCGACUCGAUUUGUCGCAGCGAGGACAAAGAUAAGCUGAUCCCGACCGUCCAGGCCGUCUGGAACAACACCCUACCCUACCUGAAAGCCAAGUCCGCGCGAAACGUUCGCUUCUUCCUAGCCAGCUCAAUGUUCUUGGCCAGCCUCUCCAGCUUCAACUACAUGCGGUCGGUGUGGAAGAAGGCGGCGAUGGACCUUCUCCUCGACUCCAACUUCUUCAAGAUGGACAACAAGGCCCUGAAGCAGUGGUUGAUUGUCAUCGACAAUCUGAUGACAAAUGACAAAACCUCAUUCAAAGAGCUGCUACAACGAAUCCCCAGUGGCAAUACAACGGCCAUUUCGAAUUUCAUGACGAACAAAGAUCAAGAGAACGAAAUGAGAGCGCAGGCGUUGAAACGACUGGCUUUUGUCAUAUUGUCCAGUCAAACUGAUCAAUAUUGCUCCAAUUUACCGGAGAUUCAAGGUGAGUUUAGGAAACGACAUGCAUUACUCAUUGAAAGGGCUUAGUUUUGUUUUGGAAAAGAUUUAGGAUGAUAAGAAAGUGAUAUUGUGUUAGGGAGAGACAAGUUAUACGAUGAAACAUGUUUUAUUGUAUAACAUGUCACUUUACUUGAAAAGUUGAUUUUUUACUAUUGAUAACAUGAUUUUAAGUUAUUUGAAGUAUUCUAAACUUGUUUGGAAUUUAAAAAAUUCUAUUUUUGGUCUAGAAAGACAAGUUAUACGAUGGAACAUGUUUCACCGUAUAACAUGUCGCUUUUUUAAAAAAAACUAAACUUUAUUUGUCGGAUACUCAAUAAACUGUUUUCAGAACGUCUAACCGACAACCUCCGGCAAAGCAGUGUACCAGUCGUGCACUCUCAAGUAUUCGUGUGCUAUCGAGUACUACUACUUCGAGUACGACCAGGGAAUCUGUCUUCAAUUUGGCCAUCCAUGGUGACAGAAGUUGUUCAAGUCCUAAGCCAACUCGAAACGCACAUUUUCCAAUCCACAUUGGAUGAGCUACGAUCCCCGAAAGACGAGAAUCUGCUACAGUUGUUCUUAUCAUCGUGCAAAUUCUUGGAAGCACUGUGCACUCUGCCCUCGGGCUACAUUCCUCAAUUCCAACUCUUCAAUUGGGCUUUUGUCUCACCAAUCACGCCAGACCCUCAACAUGAAGGGUUUGUACCAUUUGCGACACGACUGGAUCAGUUAAUGGAGAAGAAGGUAGGGUUAUACGAUCGAAGGGGUACAGAAAAUACUCCUGUGUAACUAAAAUUCAUAAAAAAAACAUUGAGCUGAUUCUGGACGGAUCGCGCACUUUCACUGUAAGAUAUUAAAAGACAUGUUAUACGAUGAAAGGUGUACUUUUUAAAUAUUUUUAAAAUUUUGAAAUAAAUUUCAAAAAAUUUUAUAAAACUUGAAAUUUUUUAUUUAAAACAAUAGUAGAGGUAGUAGAGUUUUAAUAUUCUUAUUUUCAGUUUGGAGCCCUGAGCGAUCGUGACAAGGAAAUGAGGUCGGCUUCUCUAUGUUCGGUCAAAACUCUGACGGCAGUCCAAGAGCUUCAGCCCUUCUUCCACGCACUCGCCUUCCAACAUAAAACAAGGAUCUCGAACUUGGGCGGCAGUUUUCAGGUAAUUUUUAAGUUUUUUUGAAUUUAAAAAAAAUUAUUUAAUUUUUGAAAUUUUGUGGCAUUUUCAAUGAUAUUACUUUGAUAUUUGAAUUGUCAAUGAUAUUAACUUUGCUAUUUACAUUGUCAAUGAUAUUAACUUUACUAUUUCCAGGAGACCGAGAUGCGAGACGCCAAUUACCUAAACGGAAGCCUCACCUUCAACUCGGCCCUUCAGCGACUCGAAACCGCCCUUCAUGUGGACUUUGCCGACCAUUGGCAACUCUAG